AUGAUUGAAUUCAAGGGCCGGAGCGAGUCAAUAUUUGUCGUAACUGUGGUUUUCUUGGUGAUUUCGUUCAUAUCUGUGUGUCUACGAUGUUUUGUCCGCCUGAGACUUGUGCGGGCAUUUGGGUGGGAUGAUGCACUGAUGGUUUUCGCCAUGGCCCUCGAAAUCUUGUUCGCAUUGUGUGGAAUUACCGGCUCGUUGUAUGGCAUGGGUCAGAAACUGGAGCAGCUGGGCUCAGGCCACCUUGAAACUGCUAUGUUUUGGUGGUGGCUAGGUCAAACAAGUUACGUCGUGACUGUUGUUGUCGCAAAGAUUUCCAUCGCUUUGGCCCUCCUCCGGCUCACUGUCUCAAAAAUACAUACGAUCCUUCUAUGGUCUGUGGUCGGUGUAUCGAUCGUUGUGGGCUUAGUAUUUUGGUUUAUGUUGACCUUCGAAUGCAAACCGGUGUCGCACUUCUGGCAACGCGAGUCGCCUGGAUCCUGCAUGUCCACCGAUUAUCUUCUCGAUAUCGCCUACGUGUAUAGUGUCACUGCCAUGCUCUGCGAUCUUAUAUUGGGGCUGCUACCCAUUUUUCUGGUGUGGAAGUUGCAGAUGAGCCGGCAAACAAAGGCAGCAUUGGCGGGUAUCUUGAGCUUAGGUUGCGUAGCCAGCGCAGGUGUUAUCGUUCGUAUCCCUUUCCUUCCAACUUAUAAAGAUCCGGAAUUUCUCUACGCAACGACUCAAAUAUCCAUAUGGUCCAAUGUGGAAGCAGGCCUCGGGAUCACGGCAGGCUGCCUCGUCACUCUUCGUCCUCUCUUCCGUUGGUUGGGCGGAACUAGCUACGUCACCACACACAGCAAGAGAACAGCCGGAAGCAUGCCACUCUCUAGCAUUAACGGCCCUGGUAAACACUCACGAAGCGAGCAUACGGCGAAUUCGACCAAGUUCUGGCGUCCGGACCUGGAUCCAGAAGACUCUAGGGGUGUAAUCACAACAGUGCAAACAGCCCAAGGAAGUCGAAACAGCAGCCAGGAAGACCUUAAUCCGAAGCCAAGCGCAUGGAAUGGGGUUAAUAUUAAAUAUUCCUCGCUUCAUAACCCUCUUCCCACCCAAUUACACACCUAUGUGUGGCCGUUCCUAAUCAUCUGGCCGGCCUUUUUGGCCUUUUAUCUCUCCCCUGAACGCUAUGAUACGUAUAUUCAAGGCCAGGAAUGGACAUUUGUGUGGGUUGGCUCGAUUAUCACGGUUCAGUCGCUUUUGUGGUUGAUGACGAAUUGGAACAUCAAUAUCCAGACCUUGUUUACUACCACUAAGGCUAGAUCUAUUGAUUCCGCUCGGCUUAUCAAGGUGAUACCCGCGGCGAACGCUGGUUCGGCUGAAGUCUGCCCUUUGGUCCUUGAUACAAGAGGAGGGAAGAAGACGCUUUCAUUCCUAUUCCAGAAACGCCGCUUCCUUUACUACCCCGAACGUCGAUGCUUCGCUCCCCUGUCUUACGUCCUCGAUGCCGAUCCCAAGCCUGCACUCAAGACCUUCCAGAAAAGCCAGGGCUUGGUGUCCAAAGAAGAAGUCGACCGCAUUCGGCUCUACUAUGGUGACAACACGUUCGAUAUCCCGGUUCCGGGAUUUGUGGAACUAUGGAAGGAGCAUGCGGUUGCACCUUUCUUCGUUUUCCAAAUCUUCUGUGUGGGACUGUGGAUGCUGGACGAAUACUGGUACUAUUCUCUGUUCACCCUCUUCAUGCUUGUCAUGUUUGAGAGCACAGUGGUGUGGCAACGUCAGCGGACACUCAAUGAAUUCCGGGGAAUGAAUAUCAAACCGUACGAAGUAUGGGUCUUCCGCGAGAAGCAAUGGCAGAAAACCACUAGCGACAAGCUCUUGCCAGGUGACCUAAUGUCCGUUAACCGAACCAAGGAAGACGGUGGCGUGGCAUGUGAUAUACUUUUGAUCGAAGGCAGCGCGAUUGUUAACGAGGCUAUGCUCUCCGGAGAGAGCACCCCACUCUUGAAGGAGUCGGUUCAACUCAGACCAGGGGAUGACUUGAUUGAGCCAGACGGACUGGACAAGAAUGCGUUUGUACACGGAGGAACCAAGGUUCUACAGAUCACCCAUGCAAACACUACACCAGACGAUGUUGCCAGCUCUAAAGAUGGUUCUGGUAUUCUGCCCACUCCAGAUGCUGGCGCACUUGGUGUUGUUGUGAAGACCGGGUUCGAGACAAGCCAAGGUAGUCUCGUGCGUACUAUGAUCUACUCCACUGAGCGGGUGUCCGCCAACAAUGUGGAAGCCUUGCUUUUCAUUCUGUUCCUGCUCAUGUUUGCCAUUGCUGCCGCAUGGUAUGUUUGGCAGGAGGGUGUGAUAAGGGAUCGCAAGAGGUCGAAAUUGCUCUUGGACUGCGUUCUCAUCAUCACUAGUGUUGUUCCUCCUGAACUUCCCAUGGAGCUCAGUCUUGCUGUCAACACGAGUCUGGCCGCCUUGAGCAAGUUCGCUAUCUUUUGUACCGAGCCUUUCCGGAUUCCUUUCGCCGGCCGUGUGGAUGUUGCCUGCUUCGAUAAAACCGGCACUUUAACCGGUGAGGACCUUGUUGUUGACGGUGUUGCCGGUCUCACUCUGGGCCAAACAGGCGCAAAGGUUGAAAAGGAUGGGGCGCACAGUGAGCUCGCCAAGGGUGGCAAUAUCGGAAUUGAUACGACGCUUGUCCUUGCAAGCGCUCACGCCCUAGUGAAGCUGGACGAGGGCGAGGUCGUUGGCGAUCCUAUGGAAAAGGCUACGCUGAAGUGGCUUGGCUGGACCCUGGGUAAGAAUGAUACUUUAACAGGCAAGACCUCGCCUUCCACGGGAUCUUCUCAGGCUCCCGAGUCCGUCCAUGUCAUGAGACGGUUCCAGUUUUCAUCCGCGCUGAAGCGUCAGAGCACCAUCGCCACGGUUGUCUUUGAUGAUCGCAACACACACAAGAAAGUUAAGUCAACUUUCGUUGGUGUCAAGGGUGCUCCAGAAACCAUCAGAACCAUGUUGGUUGAUACCCCGCCACACUACGAGGAGACUUUCAAGUACUUCACUCGUAACGGUGCCCGUGUUCUUGCUCUCGCUUACAAGUAUCUGUCCCAUGAGGCCGAAUUCUCUCGCGCUCGUAUCAACAACUAUACCCGAGAGGAGGUGGAGUGUGACUUGGUUUUCGCUGGUUUCCUCGUCUUGCAAUGCCCGCUGAAGGAAGACGCUAUCAAAGCUGUGCGUAUGCUUAACGAGAGCAGCCAUCGUGUUGUAAUGAUUACUGGUGACAAUCCUUUGACUGCCGUGCAUGUUGCUCGCCAAGUUGAAAUCGUGGAUCGCGACGUAUUGAUUCUUGACGCACCCGAGAACGACACGUCAGGAACCAAAAUUGUUUGGCGUACCAUUGACGAUAAGCUCAACAUCGAUGUUGAUCCCACCCAGGAUCUCGAUCGCCGCAUCUUGGAAACCAACGAUAUCUGUGUCACUGGCUACGCUUUGGCUAAAUUCAAGGGCCAGAAGGCCUUGCCUGAUCUACUUCGCCACACCUGGGUUUACGCUCGUGUCUCUCCUAAGCAGAAAGAGGAUAUCCUUCUUGGCCUCAAGGAUGCUGGUUACACGACUUUGAUGUGCGGUGACGGAACCAACGAUGUCGGUGCCUUGAAGCAAGCCCAUGUUGGUGUUGCACUUUUGAAUGGUUCUCCGGAGGAUCUCACCAGGAUUGCUGAGCACUAUCGGACGACAAAGAUGAAGGAAAUCUACGAGAAGCAGGUUUCUAUGAUGCAACGUUUUAACCAGCCGUCCCCGCCCGUGCCUGUGCAAAUUGCACACUUGUAUCCUCCAGGUCCUAGCAACCCGCACUACCAAAAGGCUAUGGAGCGCGAAGCGCAGCGUAAGGGUACUCCCAUCCAGUCCGCUCCGGCCCCAACAGAGGCGAUCCCAACCAUCACAUCUCCUGGUGCACAGGCUCUACAGCAAUCCAAUUCCAACUUGACCGCUGAUCAGCAGCGACGGCAACAAGCCUCGGUGGCGGCUGCUGGAUUUGCUGAUAAGCUUACCACAUCCAUGAUGGAACAAGAGCUGGACGAGAACGAACCUCCCACUCUCAAGCUCGGAGAUGCCUCUGUUGCCGCCCCAUUUACCAGCAAGUUGGCGAAUGUUAUCGCCAUACCAAACAUCCUCCGUCAGGGACGCUGCACACUGGUUGCAACCAUUCAGAUGUACAAAAUUCUCGCUCUGAACUGUUUGAUCAGUGCCUACAGCUUGAGUGUCAUCUACUUAGACGGUAUUAAGUUUGGUGACGGCCAGGUGACCAUCAGCGGUAUGCUGAUGAGUGUUUGCUUCCUCUCCAUCUCUCGCGCGAAGUCUGUCGAAGGCCUAUCAAAGGAACGCCCGCAGCCAAACAUCUUCAAUGUGUAUAUCAUUGGCUCCGUGCUUGGCCAGUUUGCCAUUCACAUUGUCACUUUGAUUUACCUGUCGAACUAUGUAUACAGCAUUGAACCGAGGCAAUCAGAUAUUGACUUGGAGGGAGAAUUUGAACCUUCGCUUCUCAACAGCGCCAUCUACCUUCUGCAACUCAUCCAGCAAAUCUCGACAUUCUCGAUCAACUAUCAAGGUCGCCCCUUCAGAGAGUCCAUUCGUGAGAACAAGGCCAUGUACUGGGGUCUGGUUGCGGCAUCGGGUGUAGCCUUUUCUUGUGCAACCGAGUUUGUUCCUGAACUGAACGAGAAGCUGCGCCUUGUGCCUUUCAGCACCGAGUUCAAGAUGACGCUGACCGUCCUAAUGAUCUUCGAUUAUGCGGGAUGCUGGCUCAUCGAGAAUGUGCUCAAGAGGCUGUUCAGCGAUUUCCGGCCGAAGGAUAUCGCCGUGCGCCGGCCCGAUCAACUCCGGCGGGAGGAGGAACGUAAGCAGAAGGAGGCUAUGGAGCAGCAGGCUAAUUAG